UUACAAUUCAUGAACACUAAGAGGCUUUUCAUUACGGCGAUAUGGUUGUCGUAUUAGUACAGAUAGAUGUGCUUCUUGGGGUCAUUAAGGACCAUUGCUCCUUUAAACAGCUGAAAAUACAUGCAUGAUAGGUACACUUAAAGUAUACUUAAGUCACUAAAGUUAAGUAAUUGGCACCUAAGAAUUAUCAACAAUAUCAUGGACAGAAAAGUGAAGAAAUUCAACCCCGAUUCAAAGAUUAAUUCAGUAGAACUGGACUUUAUCUUGACACCACCGCCUCACAUGAGACAAUCGAAAAAAGCUACUCAGUCAAUAACAGGUGUGCUGGAAGCAGACCUGCAUGCCCAGCGCUAUUAUUAUCAAGUAGAGGCUAUGAACGUGGUGAACAGUCAAGACAUUCACCUCGAACUCAUGAGCAGCAAUGAGAAUGGCCUAGAGAAAAGUAAUUUGUACGAAAUUGUAGAUGUGAAAUUUGUCACCGCGUCGCAAAUGUUCGCAAAUGUACAGGAAUGUUUGAGCUCUGAACUCUUUCAAGUUUAUGACAUAUUUAUGGGAAACAUUCUCCAACCUUGGAGUUGUUUCGGGCAUGUGCUGUAUAAAGGCUUUGAUAAACUUAGACUUUAAACAGAUAACACCGUCUGUUGGUGACGAUAAGGGCGUACUGCGUCUUGCCGA